AUGACUUCUCAUUUUAAUCUUCCAUCAUUUGAUUCAACUUUUGCAGCAGCCGCCGCCGUUGCAGCAGCUUCAGCCGCUACUUCGCCAAAUUCUUCGCCGCCAUUAGGACUUGUGACUUCAACGGAAGGUCAACUUGAAUAUGGAAAUAGGAAUUCUCAAUUUUUAGUUCAAAAAAUAACUGAAGUUUUUCGGCAACAGCAACAACAAAAUCAAACAAAUGCUGAUAUCAAUCAUGGUGAUGGUGGUGAAUCUUAUCAAUAUGGUGGUGGGAUCGGAAUUAAUUCGAAUAAUACUUUCUCGCCUGAGAAUGGAAGUGAACAUGGAAGUAGUGAGACCAGAAGACUUUCAACUCCGAUUGAAAUUGAGCAGCAUGAUGCGACUAAUCGUCACAUGAUUAAUGGUAUUGGUGGAGCACAUCGUGCUCGUUCUCAAACCUUACCUUACCAAACAGCACAACAAUUAACAGCAACACAUUUAGGUGAUAUGAAUUCGGCCCGAUAUACGGCCGCUCCUUAUCCGGCCACAACAUCCUCUUUGUACUUCGAUCGUCGCACAAAUUCAAAUAUGUCGAUCCUACCGAAUUUGUCACCCUUUUCUAAUCACCCCAAAAUUGUUCAAUUACCUCCACCAAUAGACGCUGGUGUAACCGAUAACACUUCCGAUGGAUGGAGAGCAGCUAUAAAUGGAGUAGUUAUGUCUGAUAACAAUGAACUACUGUGGGCGCAAUUGACCCGUUAUGACCGUGCAAACAUGCACCCCAAUAACAUCACUCCUGGUAUGCACCAGGCAGCACCUGAUUAUGGAAUGAUGACUACUCCUCGCUUUACGAAUGGCAGUGUCACCCCGCCGAUGGCACCAAACGGUUCUCCGGUGAAACAACAAAGUCCUCAGACUCCAACGAGACCACCUCAAGCACCAGCACCUGCUGCCAUGAUGACUACCUUUAGCUCAAAGACUGUAUCGUCGACUCCUAAACGAUACAAAUGCACCAUAUGUCAGAAGAGAUUCACUCGGCCAAGUUCUUUGCAAACCCAUAUGUACAGUCAUACAGGUGAAAAAC